AGUCAGUACCCAUCAAUCAACCACCCUCUCCCGUACAAAUCUCUUUUCCAUAAUUCACGUCCCUCAAAUAAUAAUUAUAAUAAUAAUAAAAAUCCCCCAUCAACUUAUCAACUGAUUUAAUCCUCUCUCUCGCCCUCUCGCCCUCUCUCCAUCUACACUUACUUGUCACUUUACUCAACUUCUCUUAAUACAACCAUUCAAAUAUCCACAUUUUUCUUUCGCGUUGGAGAACAUUGUCCUCUUUUCUCCAAUAAUCGUUGUCUUGUUUUCAUAAGGAAUGCUGCAGGUAAGUCUUUUCUUAAUCCUCUUUAUACCUGCGCCUAUAUGGUGCAUGCCCAUUCAAGUCAUCAAUCAGUGCCCAGUGUGUUGUGUGUGUGCGUGUGUGUGUAUGUGUGUGUGUGUGUAUCCGUUUGUUUUGUUAUAUUGGAAGCUCUUGUUACCCCCACGAAAGAUUGAUAAAAUGGCGAUGAGUUUGUGGUCGCAAUCUCACAAUUCAUAAACAAUCUUCGAGACAUGGAAGUUUGCAUCAGAAUAUAGUCGGCAGAGGUUCAGAGAGUCAGGAAGGAUUGUUUGGAUGUUGGCUUGUUCAUUUACCUUUUCAUUCGGUACCUACUAGGUAGUUAAAGACCGAUCGAUAGGCAAAAGUACCUUCACGAUAAGACUUUCUGAACCUUCUGGCCAUCCUAGCCACCCUACAUCAACAGCAAGGACUCAGUCGGCGCUCACGUCUUUGCAAAGAAGACGUUUUACUCAUUAUUAUAUUCUCUCUUGUCUCAACAUUGUUCCAGCCAUCGCAGAUUUGGGAGAGAACAAAAAAGCUAAUCGCAACGACUGAUCAGGUUUUCACGACCAUUACAUUCACUUGAUAUGGCUGCGGUGAUUGAUUUUGUGUCAGAUUCAUCACGCUUCCACCCUCAUACAAUGAUACCCGCUGCAGGGCAUCAUGGUUCUUCAGAGGAUUCACCAUAUCGACAACCUUCCCGGUCGAGAGUCGAGCCUCCACCAAGUCCGAACCCCCACCCCACAUCAGUAGUCGAUGGUACCCCUCCUCCAAGCGCAAAUAUGCAAGCCAGAUAUGGUGACUCUCAUGAUGUAGACCACCGCACAAGAGUUAAACCUGAGCCCCAUAUCAAGUCCGAACCUUUCUCUCCUCCUUCGAGUUCCAGUCCACGCUCAAACUCAAAUUCACAUACACAACAAUUUACGAGUCAACAAAAUUUCCCCCCAUCUUCAGCGCCUCAUGCACGAGCCGAGCAUUCGCAUACCUUGAGCACCGAUUCUCCUUCGAGGCCUCGAAUGACUUCUGGGACAUCUGAGCGGACGAUCCCAAGAUCAGCAAAGUCUCUCGACGAUGUACAGAGUUAUGGUGGUAACACGAUCAAAGUUAGAGAUUUGGCACAUAUCGAAAGUUUCGCCAGCCCAGAAUUCCUCUCAUCUAGAGGCCAAAUUGGAGGUUCACGCACAGCAGACGAGCCUGGAUUAAAAUACGAGAUCAGUGGUAUGCCCAUUACAGAUAUUAUUGAAAUGGUAGCCGGACUUUUGACCAAAAUCACCACCACAAACGAUCGUCAACAUGAAACUCUACAAAGGUCCAUUCCAUCUGCCGAAAAUACAGCCAAUCUUACUGGACUCUCCUCGAGCGUACUCGCAUUUCACGGAAAGAAUGUGCCUAGCAUUACCAUUUUGAGUUAUUUAACUAGAAUACACAAAUACUGCCCAACAACAUACGAGGUGUUCUUGAGUUUGUUAGUCUACUUUGAUAGAAUGACGGAGAGAGUUAAUGCGGAACCCAUAAAUGCCAUGCGACAAGAAGCCAUGGAUCUAGAUGGUUCUCGACCUUCGUCUACUUAUUCUGCAGAGGGUUCUGAUUUGGCGGAUACCCCACCAGGAGCUAGAAGUGUUCCUGAGCUCAAAUCCGAGUUUGAAAAUGCUCAAUACUCUCAUUCACAGGACCCUGAGCCUGGAUUGGCUCAGUUCCCUCUCUCUCAUUUCUUUGUAGUUGACAGUUUUAACAUUCAUCGUUUGGUCAUUGCUGGUGUUACUUGUGCCAGCAAAUUCUUCUCUGAUGUUUUUUACACAAACUCUAGAUACGCCAAGGUUGGUGGAUUACCGUUGAAUGAAUUGAACCACUUGGAGCUUCAGUUUCUAUUGUUAAACGACUUUCGAUUAUCUGUUCCCGUUGAAGUAUUAGAGGCUUAUGGCACGAUGCUUGUGGAUUUUUAUGCUCGAGAGAUUGUUGAUCAAAAACGAGCAAGCGGUAUGACAGAUAUGGCAUAUAAACAAGAAACAGCAUCUUGAGAUGACAACGGUACUCAUGUUUUCGAAUGUAAGAAAACCACGAAAUAUUUCUUCUUCCUAUGUCCAUGAUUGUCUGUGAGUACAACAGAUGUUGGUUAUGUUAAGACAAAUGGAUGAUAACGGCGCUCAAUAAUGAUGAUGAUCAUGAUUUUUCAGCGAGAUAGACUUUCUUCCACUUUUGUAUGCGAGGUCAACGGCUUCUCUCCUUUCUAUACCUCGUAUUUGAGACGGAUAUGGUUUUGGAGCAAUCGAUCAUAAAAGAUACCCUUCUUCUUUUACUCUCUCUUAAUAACACUUCGCAAAGACUAUAAGAUCUUGAGUUGGUUCUAUCAAGUAGCAAAUGCUUUCUCUUUUUUUGAUAGCCUGAUUUUCUUGCGGGUGCAGUCACUCUAGGAUGACAUGGGAUGAUGUUAGAUUUUACAUGUUUCUUUCUUUUCCAUUUAGGAGGACUUCAUUAUAGACGGAAAGACACAAAUGUGCAGCAGAUGUAUGGUUGAGUAGUAUUAUAUCAAUGCACUCUCUUGAGAGACGGAGAAAGAUGGCCAGAGGAGCAUAGCUGAUUUGGAUUGGAGUUGAUAACUAUCAAGUGUGGCUUUGGUUGCUGGAAGAUGGGGCAGAUGGAUUUCAAGAUUUGAAGGGAUGGAACAGGAAAGCAGAACAGAACGGGGUAGAGCAGAAGCUAUGAUAUGAGUUAUGACGAUUACACACGUUGGAGAUGGAUGGUGAAUGGAUGGAUGGAUGGUUGGGGAUAUGAAAUUGGGGGGACAUGAAAUUAUAGAUGGAAGUAAGAAAGGAUGGAUGGAUGGAUGGCGUUGGUGGAGUAAUUAGUCGGCGAUUAGCGCUUUAUUUGUGUGUGUGUCUCUUUCUUAUACUUUUUUUUAUUAGGUAGCUUUUUCUUUUUCUUUUUUGUUUUCUCUUUUCUUUUCUCCUUUUCUUCUUCUUUAGGUGUGUAGGGUAAGGGGUAUGUAGUUUGAAGAGUGAGGUGAUGUGGUGUGGUGUGGUGAGAAUUGAAUGGAUUGAUUGAUUUGAUCAAUUUGAUUUGGAUUGGAUUGAA